GUGAGAUCGCGUGAAUACGAAGAUAGCGUUACUUUAAAGGUAAGAUUUCGGAGAAAUUAUCACUUUGUGGUAUGCCCACAUUAAGUCGAAAAAAACUACACCAUCAGUUGGAAAAUGUUAAGACAUUUCAAAACCCAAAACUUGAGUUUGAACAGUACUGUACCUCAGCACAAGUUGCAGCGGACAUCUUGUUUAAUAUUCAAAUGACAGAUAAUGCAUUGGAAGGGAUGUCUGUAGCCGAUCUUGGAUGUGGUACUGGAAUGUUGUCUAUCGGUGCUAAACUCCUUGGAGCCAGUUGUGUACUGGGGUUCGAAAUUGAUGAGGAUGCUGUAAAUGAGUUUCAAUCAAACCUAGAAACAUGUGAAAUGCUAGAUGAAAAUAUUGAUGUAACUUUGUGUGAUGUACUACGGCUCUUUCAUGGGAACAACAACAAAUUUGUGGAUACAGUUAUUCUAAAUCCUCCUUUUGGCACUAACCCAAAAAAUAAUGGUAUUGACAUGGCAUUUCUACGUGCUGCGCUGUCCAUUGCCCAUUUACAUGUAUAUUCGCUCCAUAAAACUACUACACGAAACGUUCUACUAGAUCAGUGACUGUGAAUGAAAGCUAGUGGCGUGCGAAUCUGAACAAACAGGUCAUUGCGAAUACCUAGCUCAUGCUAAUCUUCUGAGCUAACUAUUCCAUAAUUGCUAGCAAAAAACGUAUGUUGUCGGUCUCGAAGACUUCAUAGUUUACUAGCCAAGUACGCUAUUUUUGAAUUAACUCUUAACGACUAAAAUGACACCCAGUGUUUGGUUAAUUGGCCUGGUGGAAACUUGCCAAUUAAUAUAUGAGACUCAGCUAUAUUGUUUAUCGAGAAAUAGAAAAUUUAUGACCCUAUAAGUGAUAUAACGGACAAACUAAAGCCACAAGCUACUUAAUGGAGUAUCAAUUACUUAUACGAUACUUGCAUUACACAAUCAAACAUUUUAACCACAUUUUGUAAACCCCAACAUGUUUUAUGAAGGGUCUUUUGGAAACUAAGUCUGUAGACUAGUCAUUUAAUUCUUACUACGUGUUAAGUGAUGCAGUAGGUACACCUCGAAUAGCGAACAAAAAUACGACUGCAAAAAUUUGACUCGAGCAUCUAAACACAAUAAUCUAAAUACAAUUUUGAUAAGAAAUAUUGUUCAGGAGUUAUGUACUAAAGUGUGCACCAAUUAACGGUUUACUAUGCUGUUUUAUAAUUACUUUGAGUCAAAAUGCUUGCUCGUUCAUGUCUACUUUUUUUUAAUAACUAUAUAGCAUGUUCUACAUACAAUACAGAGUAUUGGUGCACAAGGCAAAGUGGUUGCAGAACUUCGCUAUGACCUGCCUCGUUUAUACAAGCGUCAUCGUUAUGACACAGUAGAUAUAGCUGUUGACUUGGUUCAUUCAUGGUUUUAGAUUUAAAUAAAUUCACUUCCACAUUA